AUGUCAUUCUCGGAAGUCGACCAUUUGGACACAGAAAGCAUUAAAGAGCACCAUGGAGAAAUCAUUUAUGAUGCUAAUGGCUUCGUUAAAAAGAUUUAUCGAAAAGAUAGUCAAUUAAAUAGAAGAAUUGUUGAUAGUUGGGGUGAAUCUUUUCAUUUUGCUCGUUCUUUUAAAGGUGACACUUUUGAACAAUCCAUCAAACGUCAUGAACAAUAUUUGGCCGUGAAGCUUGGGUUAAAUGAAAAACAAAAGGCCCUUGAUGUUGGAUGUGGUGUCGGAGGUCCCCUUCGUGAGAUAAUAAGACUGUCAGGUGCUCACGUUACUGGUCUUAAUAAUAACGGUUAUCAAGUUGAAAGAUGUAAAGCUUAUGCCAAAAGAUUAGGAUUAGAAAGCAAGUCCGAUUAUAUCAAAGGCGACUUCACUGCUAUGCCACGUGAGUUAGAUG